CUCUCGUUUUCUCCCUUCUCCCUCUCCUUUGAUUCGGUUUCCCCCUUUUUUAGCUCUCUCUCUCUCUCUCCUCUCUCUCUCUGUUUUUCUCUAUUCCAUUCAAAACCCUAGAUUUUGUUCCCCUUCCCCCAUUUGGAGUUCUCCAUUGCGCGAGGUCUCUCUCUCGGAUUUGGUUGAUUGGGAUUUGAUCAAAAAUGGAACUUGAGGAUCGCUACCGACAGGCUCAGCGGCCGCAAUACGAAUGCCUUCUUUUCGACCUUGAUGACACUCUUUACCCUUUGAGCUCUGGCAUUGCCGCCGAGUGCCUGAAAAAUAUCGGAGAUUAUAUGGUUGAGAAGCUCGGAAUCGACGAGAACAAGAUUGAGGAGUUGUGCAAUCUACUUUACAAAAACUAUGGGACUACAAUGGCUGGUUUAAGGGCUAUCGGUUACGAAUUCGAUUAUGAUGAUUACCACAGCUUUGUCCAUGGAAGAUUACCUUACGAGAAGAUAAAGCCCGACCCUGUUCUCAGAAACCUUCUCCUGAGCCUUCCAAUCCGUAAAGUCAUAUUCACAAACGGCGAUAAGGUCCAUGCGUCCAAAGCCCUUAAGAGGCUCGGAUUAGAAGAUUGUUUUGAGGGAAUCAUAUGCUUUGAGACUCUGAACCUGACUUCAGCUGCUUCAUGCAAGGCAGGCAAUGAACCCAAAAUCUUCGAUAUUGUUGGGCACUUUUCUGAGCCGAAUCCUAACGUCGAACUUCCAAAGACACCCAUUCUUUGCAAGCCGUCGAUAGAAGCCAUGGAGCAUGCUCUUAGAAUCGCCAACAUCAACCCUGAGAAGACGAUUUUCUUCGACGACAGUGUUCGCAAUAUUAAAGCGGCUAGAUGCAUUGGUCUCCACACUGUACUGGUUGGUACCUCGCAGAGGGUUAAAGGUGCGGACCACGCGUUAGAGAGUAUCCACAACAUAAGAGAAGCAUUGCCCGAGCUGUGGGAGGAGGCCGAGAAAGCCGGUGUUAGGUACUCGGGCAAGGUUGCUAUGGAGACUUCUGUGACUGCAUAGUUAUUCUGCUGUGAUCUACUGUCGAGUAUCGAGAAUUGGGGGGGGGGCGAUUGUUCGCUCGUAGUUAGAUUUUGUGCAUUUCUGCAUAAAUUAAAUUGUAAUUGGAGAUGGGAAGGAGAUCAUCCUUAGAUAGAUGUCCCCCCGUUUUCACCUAUCACAUGUGUAAUUUAACUACUGUAUGAAAUAAAAAGUCUCUCUUUUUUCCUUC